AUGUUGUGCCAGGGAAGACCGAUUUCUGAGGAACCCAACAACGUCUGUCUAAACUCGCAGCCCAUGUUCUUAGAGGUGCUUUUCUCCGGCUCUUCCGUCAAGUGUUCCCAGAUGAGUUUAGAAUGCUUGCUCUGUCUUCAGGACGUGAACUAUCCAGAGUAUUUGGACCUUCGAGCGUACAUGUCUGAGUCAGCUGGAGAGCCAGUCCGCUACGCCUUGUACGCCGUGCUGGUGCACAGAGGUGCCAGCGGUCGUGCAGGGCACUAUUUCUGCUUCGUCAAGCUGGAGCUGCGUGUGGUGAAAAUGGAGUCCCACUCUGCAAGCUGGGGUCCGGUACCACCUGCAGGAUCUGGCCUAGAAAGCAGCUACUGCUUCAUUACGGAUGGAAUCGCUCCGCCACAAAGGAUGCUUUUCCCACCCGAGAAGAUUUCUGUGGCUUGGCGGCAAAGGCAAAGUGUUGGAGCUGGACUCCACAACCUGGGCAACAUGUGUUUCCUCAGCUCUGUUCUGCAGUGUUUGACCUACACUCCCCCUCUGGCCAAUUACAUGCUUUCCGGGGAACACAGCCAGUCGUGUCGUGCGCAAGGCUUCUGCAUGCUGUGCACAAUGGAGACGCACGUUAACCAGGUCCUGUUCUGCUCUGCCAGUGCCAUCGAGCCUACGGCUGUCUUCAGUGACCUUAGACGGAUAGGGGAGCACUUCUGUUUUGGCAGACAGGAAGAUGCUCAUGAAUUCUUACGUUACACCGUGGCUGCUAUGCAGACAGCUUGUUUGAGCGGAAGCACCGACUUGGACAGCUCGUCGCAAGCCACCACGGUCAUUCACCAAAUAUUUGGAGGGUUUCUACGAUCCAGAGUGACGUGCUUGAGCUGCCAAGCAGUUUCGGACUCCUAUGAGGCGUUCCUUGAUAUCCCUUUGGAGAUAACGGCAGCCUCCUCGGUCUCUGGAGCGCUGGAAGAAUUUGUGAGACCUGAACUGCUGGAUGGUGAGAAUUGCUACAAAUGCAGCAAGUGUGAGAAGACGGUUGCUGCGUCCAAGAGGUUUACAGUUCAUCGCUCUUCCAACGUUCUCACCAUAGCCCUGAAAAGAUUUGCCGAUUUCACUGGUGGGAAGAUUAGCAAGGACGUGAACUAUCCAGAGUAUUUGGACCUUCGAGCGUACAUGUCUGAGUCAGCUGGAGAGCCAGUCUGCUACGCCUUGUACGCCGUGCUGGUGCACAGAGGUGCCAGCGGUCGUGCAGGGCACUAUUUCUGCUUCGUCAAGGCCAGUAAUGGACUAUGGUAUGAGAUGAAUGAUGCCUCGGUAGUCCUUUGCGACAUCAACACCGUUCUCAGUCAGCAGGCGUAUUUACUUUUUUAUAUCAGGUGCUGUGAGGAGACACUUGGAGAAGGCACUUCUUACGCACCUGUGCCAUCCCCUGCCCCUUCGUUCCUUGGUCAGCAGGAGGCUAAUAAUAAGCAGGCCGGAUUUCUGGGACCACAGCAUCCUCCUCAUAUGAUGAAGGUAAAUGUGGACCCCAAAGCAGAGGACAAACAGAGCCAGACAGGUCACAGGAGCAUUCUUGCAAAAGCAAGAGGCUCCCCGAGUCGUCACUCUCCAGAGGGCAGGAUGGGCAUCGCUUCAGCAGGCACCGAGCAGACUGGCACCGCUGUCCAGUGCAGGAGCAGCAGCCUGGAAAAUGUUCUCAUCAAAGACGAGCACCUCCAGCUGUGUCAGUUCCUGUGGGUUUUGAGGGCCCUACCUGGAAGACUGGAAAGCCAGGAAGCAGAAAAAGAGGCCAUCCGCGUGCAGAAGGGAGCGACAUCAAAACGGAAGGGAAACGGCGAAGGGUGGAGAAAAGAGAUUUCAGCAGUGCGCUCCUCGUUCUUCUCUGGCUGA